AUGGUUGCCUUCACUCCUCUUAUCUUUCUUCUUUCUGCUCUGGCAGCAUCGGUCAGUGCUGCUCCUACCCCCACGAGUAGGGCUGCCUCCAAGUCGGGAGAAGGUCAGCAGUUUUUUCUCAGUGGCAGCGAUGAGCUACAUCCGUUGGCGGUAUUUCUAGGCACCUUCUUCGAGCCUGGACUUGGGGCGUGCGGUAUACAUAAUUCAAGCAAAGACAUGAUCGUAGCCGUUUCGCAGCAGCUGUUCGAUAACUUCCCUGGAGCUGGGAAGAACCCAAACAAGAAUCCCAUUUGUAACAAGAGUAUCACGGCUCACUUCAAGAACAAGUCCGUGAAGGUCAAAGUGACCGACCGAUGCACGGGAUGCAAGUUGAACGAUCUGGACUUCACCCCGAGCGCUUUCAGCAAAUUGGCAGACCAAUCUCUUGGACGCAUUCCGAUAACAUGGGAGUUCAAUUGA